CUCCUUUAUCCAAUUCCAAAACCCACUUGGUGGAACUACGAUAUUAAUCAUACGCGUCCUAUUAUAUUAUUAGAUUGUUUUCGCAAACUUUUAGUUAAAAUUAUUAAUUCAAGACUUAAUUUAUAUUUAAGCACGAAUAACAUUCUCCAACAUAAUAAUCAAGCAGGUGUACAAGGAGCAUCUUGAAAUGAAAUUAUUUUAUACAUUCAAUCUAUUAUAGAACAUCAAAAAGAUACAAAUAACCCGUUAUAUCUUUUACUCCAAGAUCUUAGUAAGGCUUACGAUAGAAUAGAUAUUCCCUUGCUUUCGUUAGCUUUAAAAAGAAUUAACAUACCCCCUAAUAUAAUCAAAUUAAUAGAAAAUCUUUUUAUAGGACAUCACAAUAGAAUUAUAUUAGCUGAUACUUUAUCUGAUCCUUAUGAAUUAAAAAAGGGUAUAAUUCAAGGAGAAAUAAUUUCACCGCUCUUAUGGGUCAUUUAUUACGACCCAAUGUUCGCCGCCAUCAAUGAUUCC